CUACACACAUCUACAACAGCCGUACACCAAAAAACUAGAGUCAGUAAGAACAAAACUUAAAAGAGAAAAUGGGAGAGGGAUCUCAUGUUAUCGUUCUGCCUUUCCCAGGCCAAGGACACAUAACUCCAAUGUCCCAGUUGUGCAAACGCUUAGCUUCAAAAGGUCUUCAGCUCACUCUUGUCCUCGUCUCCGACAAGCCCACGCCUCCAUACAAAACAGAACACGACUCAAUCACUGUCUUCCCUAUCCCCAAUGGCUUCCAAGACGGCGAAAAGCCUUUAGAAGACCUCGAUGAUUACAUGGAAAGAGUAGAAACCAGCAUCAAAAACAGCUUACCGAAGUUGAUUGAAGACAUGAAACUGUCUGGAAAUUCUCCUAGUGCUCUGGUGUACGACUCCACCAUGCCAUGGCUUCUUGAUGUAGCCCAUAAUUAUGGUUUGAGGGGUGCCGUCUUUUUCACGCAACCUUGGCUUGUAACAGCUAUUUACUACCAUGUUUUCAAUGGUUCAUUCUCUGUACCGCCAACAAAGUAUGGUCACUCUACGUUAGCAUCUUUCCCGUCGUUCCCGAUGCUGAGUGCGAAUGAUUUGCCGUCUUUCCUCUGCGAAUCGUCCUCUUACCCUAAUAUACUAAGGAUUGUGGUCGAUCAGCUCUCCAACAUUGAUCGAGUCGACAUUUUGUUGUGCAACACUUUCGAUAAAUUGGAAGAAAAGGUAUUGAAAUGGGUCCAAAGCUUGUGGCCAGUCUUGAAUAUUGGACCAAUGGUUCCAUCGAUGUAUUUAGACAAACGACUGUCUGAAGACAAAAAUUACGGAUUUAGCCUCUUCAAUGCAAAAGUCACUGAAUGCAUCGAGUGGCUAAACUCAAAGCAGCCUAAUUCUGUUGUCUACGUAUCAUUCGGAAGUUUGGUGAUUCUAAAAGAAGAUCAAAUGAUGGAACUCGCUGCGGGUCUAAAACAGACCGGACGUUUCUUUUUGUGGGUUGUGAGAGAGACAGAGACGGACAAAAUCCCAAGAAACUUUGUAGAGGAAAUAGGUGAGAAGGGACUAAUCGUGAGCUGGAGCCCUCAGCUUGAAGUACUUGCACAUAGAUCCAUCGGUUGUUUCUUGACACACUGUGGAUGGAACUCGAUGUCAGAGGGAUUGAGUUUGGGAGUUCCGAUGAUUGGUAUGCCACAUUGGACAGAUCAGCCCACAAAUGCAAAGUUUAUGGAGGAUGUGUGGAAGGUUGGGGUUAGGGUUAAAGCAGAAGGUGAUGGGUUAGUGAGAAGAGAAGAGAUUGUGAGACGUGUGGGUGAAGUAAUGGAAGGGGAGAAAGGGAAAGAGAUUAGAAAAAAUGCUGAGAAAUGGAAAGUGUUAGCUCAAGAGGCUGUUUCUGAAGGAGGUAGCUCUGAUAAGAGCAUCGAUGAGUUUGUUUCAAUGUUUUGAUAGGAAAGAUUGAAAUUAAGUAAUUUACAAGUCCCUAGUCCAAGUUCCAGAUGCCAAUGGGGACUUUCUAUUUGCAAAUUGCAUACCAAUUGUACAAGAAAGAAGAAAAGCAGGCAUACUCACAUGAGCCGUCUCCAAUUUUGACGAAGCUCCUCUGUUUCGAGUAUCUCUCUGUCUAUCUAACGGAGUUGAGGAAAAGAGUUUCAGUUUUCAGUUAGGUUAAAAAUCAUGUUUGUUUUGUUUUUAUUUUAUGUUCCUAAGUAUUAUUAAUAAGAGAUUUGUUAUUUCCUUUUCUCUUUAAAUGAUAAAUUAAAGGAUUUUCCUUUUGUGCGUCCAAAUUAUGUAAAAAGCAAAAGGAAUUAAAACAAAUUUCCGUUUUCUUAAAAA